ACUCAACUCACGUGGACCUGCUGGCCGGUGUUCUGUCCGCGUGCAGACUGGACCAGUCCGAGCCAGAGAGACUGAAGUCUGUCACACCCAAACCCACCGGAUAACUACUUCUAACUCCUUUUGCUGCCUCCGUUUCUUCCCUGGUGUCCUGAAGACAAAGGAUUAGUUUACAUGUUUGACAGUCCUGUGAGCCUCAUCGCGGCGGGACAGCUCACUCAUCAUCGUUAGGUGUUUUUAUCAGACGUUAACGCUCCGUUGAGGUUAGCUUAAACCAAGCUUAAGUUGAUCGUGUCCCAUCAGGAUGACAGCGGAACUUGAGCAGCUUCUGUCACAGCUGACACAGCCCGACAAUGCUGUCAUUCAGCAGGCCACAGCGCAGCUGAAACAGGCUUUCAAAGAUCCAGCCAUCAUACCAGCCCUGUGUGCUGUCAUGAGUGGCUCUCAAAACCCUCAGAUCCGACAGUCUGCUGCAGUGAUGCUGAGGUUGAGGGUGAAGAAACACUGGAAGAAGAUAAGUCCUGAUGACAGAGAGAGCUUAAAGGCAGUGGUGCUGCAGGCCUUCAUGCAGGAGACUGAACACACUGUGCAGCACUCCCUCUCCCAGCUGUGUGCAGUCAUGGUUAAACAUGAAACACCGGACCGCUGGCCCGCCCUGCUGCAACUGCUCAAUCAGUCCACCAAGAGCACAAACCCUCAUGACAGACAGGUGGGCCUCCUGCUGCUCAAUAAGGUCAUAGAAUCCAACCCUGAACCGUUCAAGCCUCACUACUGCCAGCUGCUGCAGCUGUUCAGCUCCGUUCUGCAGGACCACAACAACCCAGCAGCCCUGUACUACUGCAUUCUCACUCUCACGGCUAUAACUGCUUACACCGGCACAGAUGAGAUGAAGCAGAUGCAAAACGUCACCCCGAGUCUGAUCGUUGCUCUAAAACACCUGAUCAAGGCAGACCAGGUCCAAGCCUGUGAAGCCAUGGAGGUUUUCAUUGAGCUGAUGGAGAUCGAGGUGUCCAUUAUAGUUCCGCAUGUCUCUGACAUCGUUUGCUUCUGCCUGGAGGUGAGCAGUGACAAAACUCUGAGCGAGUCCCUGAGAGUGAAAGCCCUCUCCUGCAUCACUUUCCUCAUUAAGCUGAAGAGUAAGACGGUGCUCAAGCUGAAGCUGCUGAACCCCAUCCUGCAAGCGGUGUUCCCCAUUCUGACUGCAGCGCCCCCACCUGGUGAACAGGACCCAGACGAUGAAGACGAGGAGGACAGCUCAGACAGCGAUAAUCCGAAACACUGUGCUGCUCAGCUGAUCGACACCAUGGCUCUCCACAUGCCACCAGAGAAGCUGUUUCAUCAUCUGAUCCCUCUGACCCAGGCCUGCCUGACCAGUGAAAACACAUAUGAGAAGAAAGGAGGUCUCCUGUGUCUGGCUGUGCUGGCUGAAGGAUGCGCCGACCACAUCCGCACCAAGAUGCUGUCAUCUGUGCUGCAGACGGUUUGCCAGAGUCUCUCAGACAGUAACCAGGUGGUGCGCGGCGCGGCUCUUUUUGCUCUUGGACAGUUCUCUGAACACUUGCAGCCUGAAAUAAGCAAGUACUGCUCAGAGCUGAUGCCCCUGCUGCUGGGAUACAUCUCUUCCCUGAACGAGGCCAAAGUCGGCCACGUCACUAAAGCGUUCUACGCUCUGGAGAACUUCAUGGAGAACCUGGGAGCUGAUAUUGAGCCCUACUUGCCCACCUUGAUGGAGACCAUGCUGUCUGCUCUGAACAGCACAGAAAACCUGAAGAUCAAAGAGCUGGUGGUGUCUGCCAUAGGCGCCAUAGCCAACGCUGCCAAGGAGUUGCUGGUUCCAUUCUUCCCCCCAGUUAUUGAGAGCCUGAAAGGUUUCCUGACUGCCACCACGGAGGAGAUGAGGCCUCUUCAGACUCAGUCUCUGGACACUCUGUCCGUCCUGGCUCGUACGAUUGGCAAAGACGUCUUCAGUCCUCUGGCUGCGGAGUGCAUCCGUCUGGGCCUCAACCUGACCGACGCCAUCGAUGACCCUGACUUGAGGCGCUGCACGUACAGCCUGUACUCGGCAGUUUCCACAGUCUGCCCUGAAACUCUGACCCCCCACCUUCCUGCCAUAACAACCGUGAUGCUGCUCGCCUUGAAGUCCAACGAAGGCAUCAUGGCACACCUGGAAGAGGACAAGACGUUCGUCCUCCUUGACGACGACGAUGAUGAUGAAGAAGAAGAAGAGGGAAAAGACAGUGAAGACUUUUUGGAGAAUGAGUCAGAGACGGAUGUCCCUGAUGCUGCGGGGUUCAGCGUGGAAAACGCCUUCAUCGAUGAGAAGGAGGAUGCUUGUGACGCUCUGGGAGAGAUCGCCUUCAGCACAGGCGUUGCCUUCCAGCCCUUCCUGGAGUCCAGCUUCCAGCAGGUCUUUGAGUUAAAAGAUUUCCCCCAUGAGGACGUCCGCAGGGCAGCUCUGGAAGCCAUGGGCCAGUUUUGUCGAGCUCAGCACAAAGUGUGGACUGAAAAUCCCUCUGAAGUCAACCAGCAGGCCCUGCAGAAGUUACUGGACAUUGUCGUUCCUUGUUUGGUGGAGACGGUGAGGACGGAGCGAGAGCGACAGGUGGUGAUGGGCGUCCUGGAGACCAUGAACAAUGUGAUCAAGUCCUGUAAGGAGGGAACCUUCAGAAACCCUUCGUUCCUCAAGGAGAUCAGCGACGUCAUCCGUGACGUGCUCAAGAAGAAGACGGCGUGUCAGGACGGUGGCAUCGAUGAUGAUGAUGAAGACCAACAGGCGGAGUAUGACGCCAUGCUGCAGGAGUUUGCAGGAGAGGGAAUUCCUCUCCUGGUUUCCAGUGUUCCUGCAGACAAGUUCACACCUUUCCUCAAUGAUCUCCUGCCUUUCAUCAUCAACAAAGCCAAAUCCUCGUGCACGGUGGCAGAGCGGUCCUUUUCCAUGGGAACGAUCGCAGAAAUCCUCCAAGCUCUCGUCAGCGUGCAGGGCGGUCGGGGAGCUGCAGGACGACUGUCCAACCGUUUGCUUCCUGUCCUGGUGGCUGGAGUGAGGGACAGUGAUUCAGAGGUUCGCAACAACGCUGUGUUUGGGUUAGGAUGCCUGGCUCAGGCAGCUGGACCCAUCAUCAUAUCAGACUACCCCAUGAUGCUCUCUGUCUUCUCCAACCUGCUGACCAAGGAGUCCGACCCCAAAGUGCUGGACAACCUGUGUGCUGCCCUCUGCAGGAUGAUCAUGGGCAACGUGGACGCUGUGCCCCUGGAGCAGGUCGUCCCUGCUCUGGUGAAACAUCUCCCUCUGAAAGAGGACCAGGAGGAGAACAAGACGGUGUUCACCUGCCUGGCUCUGCUCCACAGACACAGUCCUGCUCUGCUUCUGAAGCUGAUGAAGCCCAUCGUCGCUGCAGCAGGUCACGCUGCUGGCCACAAGGAGGUCGAUGAAGAAACCAGGAGCACUUUGGGCGCUCUAAUGAGAGAAUUGGCCCAGAAGCACGCUGCAGACUUCCAAGCAGCUGUAAGCUGCCUUCCUGCAGAGCAGCAAGCCAAGCUCCUCAGCUCCUCGUAACCCAAACGACCCCCCCAGUGAGACGAUGAACUUUUAUAGUCGGUGGGAAAAGGGGCAUCUGUGUUGCUCAUAAACACACAAGUUCAGCCACUCUGCUGGGUUUAUGACACUCGGCUGUUCUGGUGUCAUGAAUUACUUUUUCUGGUUCUGCUCCUGUUUUGGUUUUCUGGUCUUCCUGUUGGCUGAUGACCUCAUAACUCCAUCUUCUUUUUGAAGUGAGGCUUUUGUAUUCCAGCAUUAUUACCCCGUUCAGUUAUCUCGUCUCUAUAGACGGUUCUGCCUUAUUUAGAGCUCUCACCUGUGUUGUGUUUGGACGUUUGACUCCAGCAGCAAAGUAAAAAUACAAAUUACACUAAA